AAGCUUUUUUGCGCAAUUGCGCGGCCUCAUUAGCUGAGCGCUGCACAACUGCUGCGCCAUGGCCAGCUACGCCGACAAUCGUAGCGCCCUCUUCGGCACCUCUAAGAAAGACGCUCCAAAGCCCAAGCCCCAAAAGAAGAGCUACACGCUCGGCGGCCAGUCCAAGGCCGCGCAGCAGCGCCAGCGCGAGCGCCAACAACAACUGAAGCAAAGAGGAGACGAUUUUUAUGCGGCGGCCGAAGCCCUCAUGCCGCCCAAGAAGACGGGCUUCGCGGCUCUCAUGUCGAAGCAGCCGAACCCGUUACUGGCGUCGUCGGAGUACGGCAAGGCGGCGGACGCCUACGCUGCUGCCGGUGCGAAUGAGAAAGCGAUCGAGGCAUACCGGAAGGCAUCAAAAUGUCAUAACGAGUCGAACGCGCCGCACACGGCCGCGCGAUGUUUAGAAAAGGCGGCACCGCUCGCUGUUAACGAUGGAGCGAAGGCGACGCUGGCCAUGGAGUCCGCGGACACCUGGGCCAUUGCGGGAGAGCCGUUGCGAGGCGCCGAGGUCGCGCUGAAGCUCGCUGCUUCAUUACAAGUGGACGCGGCGCGGCCGUUAGUAUCAAAGGCGACGGACCUCGCUUCGACAAGCAUAGGCUCGCCGCACGCGCCCGAGCUCCUCCAGAAGGUCGUGGGUUAUUACUGCUCAAAGGGCUACUAUCGAGAAGCGCUGCAGGCGAAUAAUACACUCCUCGAGGCGCUCGACCGCGCGCGGAUGGCCGCGGGCGCGCCGCUGUAUCGCUGUUUGGCAGCACAGACGAUCUUAGCCUUGGCGGACGGCUCCGACGUGCAAAAAGCCGACGCGGCCUUCCUCGAGUCCUUAGGAAGAGACGGCUACGCGGCCUCGCAGCAGGCCAAGGCCGCCGAAGAUUUAUUGCAGUGCUUCAAGGCGCCGGACGAUGAAGCCUUCGACGACGCCGUCGCGUCGCCGGCUUUACAGAGUCUGGACCACGCCGUGGCGCAGGUGGCCAAGGCGCUGCCGCGGCCCGUCGUGGUUGUUGAGUCCGCGGCGCCCGCUGUUGCGCCGGCGCCCGGGCUGACCGAGGACGACGCGGACGAGCUGCCGGACCUGACGUAAAAAAUAUCUG